AUACCGCCGAACUUCAGAAGAUUCGAUAGGGGACGGUCGGUGCGGUUGUGCCUUGGACAGACGGGGGAGGGGGAUGGGGAAGCCUGGGGUACCAACCUACCCGAGGGCGUCGCGCCCGGAACCCAUGCAUGCAUCCAUGAAUUCUCCAUGUUCCUGGAUUCUAGGGCGGGCAGCAGCAGCAGCAGCAGCAGCAGCUCUGGCUGUGUGUCUGGGCUCCACGAGGCACUGCGGCACUGCGGCACUACACCUAGACUACUCGCUGGGCGCUUUUCUUUGCGGACAACCCCCCUAGACUAGCAUGCCCGGGUGUUUGCAGGGGAAUCUAUCGCUAGACGCCUAGCGGGCGCUCCACGCGAAGGCGGCUGUGUCGCUUGUUAGUCUACUUGAUCCAGGUGGGACUGACGUAGCUUGCGUGCAUUCCUUGGUUUGCGAACUAGCAUAAGGCUCUGGAGAGGGGGAGGGGGAUCGCUUAGGAAGCUCCUAGCUCCUUCGGACACAAGGCAGAGUACAUACGAGGAUUUUCUUUCCGAG